AUGAUACGGCAGAGUCUCGAGGUGGUGCCCACCGUGCAGCCCAAGUACCGGCUGGCGGAGGACGCACGGCUGGCGGCGGAGAAGUGCCGUCAGGGCGGGCAGCAGCCAGCGGCCGCGGCGGGGACGCGGGUGGAGCGUUACCGCAUCGUCAGCUGCGGUGAUGCUGUGUCGAUUCUGAGCGGCGGCGGCGGCGGCGGCGCGACAGCUGCCGGCUGUGGUGGCGACGGGAGUGAGCAACGAAUCGAGAAGACUGGCGCCGGCGUUCGACUUUUCUCGUUGCUGCCGGCACCAGAACUGGACUUUCGCAGGCCGCAAACUCUAGAGGUGCUGGAGGCGCCAAGGAAGAGGUGGAAGCGCGUUCGGCGGACGGUGUACCAGGCGUCACUGCGCCCUUCCACGGCGUCUGGUGAAACUGGCGAGGGCGCCGGGGAGGAGGAGGAGGGUGGGGGCGACGGAAUUGCAGAGGGGGACACGGCGCCUCGCUUCAGCUCAACUCCGCUGCCCAAGUAUGAGAACAUGUCGUGCAUCGUCCUUGCACUUCCUGCGGCCACAGAGGGAGAGCAGGUGGCACGGGCAAGACUGCUGGAGGCCCCGCUGCACGCCCUCCGUUACGAACGCACAGACGCCCCUAAAACGGGCCAAGGUAUCUCCACUUCGUGGUAUUCGGGUGUCGACGUCCGUUCUGUGGGGUUCAAGCGCAACUACAUCGACGACGACGAAGGUCCGGAGGAGCGGGACGCGCAGAGCAGUUUCUCUGACGAUGCCGCGCCCGAGGCUCGGCGGGACGGCCGGAAGAGGCGUGACGAUGAGGCGGGGCAGCGUGUGGGGAAGAAGAGUAGGCCGGACACCAAUAACGUGACGGCGACGAGUGUGAACGACGCAGAGGCGGCGCUGGGAGCAAAAGCUGGCCCAUACGAUGCGCAGCCGGCGAAGGCUGAGGCGGCUUCCGUGACGCUGCUGCCGACAUCGGCCCUCCCUCCCGUGGCGGGGGCUGCAAAGGCGGGCGAUGCGGUGGACUUCUCGGGGGCAAACGCGGAGGACCUGCAGAGCCUCACCGCUGCGCUUCUGCGGCAGUGGGCUUCCGCUGGAAAAACAGCCAUGCCCUUCGCCGAGGUGGCGAAGGUGGUGCUCAAGUCCCACCCAAAGUACACCGAAAUGAAGGCGAAACACCAGUCCCCGGAGACCAGGCAGGAGGCGGUGGGGUGGUUUCGCGUCUCACAGUCGGCUGUGCGGUCGCACGUCCUCCACUUGGGAUGCACGAUAGACAGCGCAAACAACGUGUACCUGUCGCAGCUGUCAGGCAGCUCGCCGCGGUGA